AUGCCAGUAGUUGGAAGUGCUUCGCCGGUUCUUUCGGGCUACAUGCGGCGACUUCAGGUGGUGACUCUCUUCUCUGUGGAGCUCAUGUGGUCGGAGGCAGAGGCGAAGAAGAGCUUCAUUGCCGCCGGCAUGUCCUUCAAUAAGGCCGUUGGGAAGGCGUGGACCCAGGAGGAGGACACCGUCCUGCGGGAGCAGGUGCGCCUGCACGGCGGGCCGAGCAACUGGAACGCCAUCUGCCAGGCGCUGCCCGGGCGGAACAGCGCUGCGUGUCGCCAACGCUGGGUUCGCUUCCUCAGCCCGACCAUCGACGUCGACAAGCCCUUUACUGCGGCGGAGGACCAGAUCAUCGUCGCGAACCAGGCCAGGUACGGCAACCGCUGGACCACCAUCGCCCACUUCCUCCCUGGCCGCACCGACUUGGCCAUUUCCAACCGGUGGAAGUCCGUCCUCUCCACGCAGCACGGCGCCCACGCCUCCACGCCCGCUCCCGCUCCCGCCGCCGCACGCGCCGCGGGCCCUGUCCUACCGCUGGUCAGGGGCGGUACCUCGUCGGCUACGCACGCGACGCAGGAGGACUUGACGGGGGACGAGGCGCCGCUCAUGGAGUGCCUCCAGCUGUUCCCUCUGGCUCCCGGGGAUAUCAGGGCCGAUCCGCGCGCGGCGCCGUCCAGUGAUUUGUCUUGCGGUGCAGAUGACCCGCUCACGCAGCUGAGGCUCGCGCCCGCGCCAGCGGCGACGGUGGUCGAUGCUAUGCCGCUGUAG